UAGGGUGUCGCCGUGGUGGCUCCAUUCGAAGGCGACGGCGGUUGGUCGGUCGUCAGUGUGUUUGUCCUCUUCUAAACUCAACAAACGGACCCGGUGAAGAGUGUCGGCUCGGUACCAGCUGUCAAACGAUAUUCGUCCUUUUCGGCAUCGCUGGGAUGAAGCGGAAUAUCUUUCAUUUGAAUCAGAUCGCUGGUGUUGUUUGAAGAAAGAAAGAGAGAGAGAGAGAGAGAGAGAGAGAGUCGGGCGGAGGAGCCAUUUUGUCCCGACAGUGUGAGAGAAAGAAAGACAGAGACAUUAAAAACACCAAACAACACACUUUGAGAGGAUACACACAUCUUAAACAUCUCCCUCGGAGUAUAAGAAGAGCCUACGAGGGAAAUUAAAGCAAUUGCUCUGCGAAGAGACUGUCCGGUGUGUGUUUUCGGAUAACACACGCACACUUUCCCUUUAACACACACUCAGUCUCUGUCCGUUUCUCAUCAGGGUGUGUUUAUAAGAGCUCAGAUGGCGAAGAAGACCUAUGAUCUGCUCUUUAAACUGCUCUUGAUCGGUGAUUCUGGGGUGGGAAAGACCUGCGUGCUGUUCCGAUUCUCCGAUGACGCCUUCAACACCACCUUUAUCUCCACUAUAGGAAUCGAUUUUAAGAUCAAAACAGUUGAAUUGCAAGGAAAGAAGAUAAAGCUACAGAUAUGGGAUACAGCGGGGCAGGAACGGUUUCACACCAUCACUACCUCUUAUUACAGAGGGGCAAUGGGAAUCAUGCUCGUAUAUGACAUCACCAAUGCAAAGAGCUUCGAAAACAUCAGCAAAUGGCUCAGAAACAUUGAUGAGCAUGCUAAUGAGGAUGUGGAGAGGAUGCUGCUAGGCAACAAGUGUGACAUGGAGGACAAACGUGUCGUACCAAAAGCCAAGGGGGAACAGAUCGCGAAAGAACACGGGAUUCGCUUCUUUGAGACGAGUGCAAAAGCCAACAUCAACAUCGAGAAGGCGUUCCUCACGUUAGCAGAAGACAUUCUCAGAAAGACACCCGUAAAAGAGCCUAACAGUGAAAAUGUGGACAUCAGCACUGGAGGAGGAGUCACAGGCUGGAAGACCAAGUGCUGCAGUUGAACACACACACACACAGUUACUCACACACACGCACACACACACACAAUCUGUUCUUCUCUAUCCCUCUCUUUCUCUCUUUCUCUCAUUCACUCAUCCCUCGUUUCUGUCUAACACUCUUUCGUUCUGUCCUUCUCAUAGGAUUCUCUGUAAAACACAUCUCUAACGUUUCUCACACUCACGACUGCUUGCUGACAUCAUUUUUAUUUCUGAAAACGAAACAAACAAAAAAAAAAUGAAAUGUAAAACAAAGUCAUUUCACGUUUCUUCGUACUUAUUUUAAAGUUUAAAGAAAGAAGGAAAUGAAUUUAAAAGCGCUUUCACCACUACAUAAAGACCGAGGGUGGACUUGGAGCGUAGCGUUCAGUAUGACUUGUGUCCAGUGUUUUGGGAUUAGUGUUGUGUGUGUUAGUAUGAGAGAUCUUCUCUAGCUGGGUUGUUUUUUUUUUUUUGUUCUAUGAUUUGAUUUCUUUCGUCCGGUGCCUUAAUGUAGAGCCUUAGCGCUCAUUCCCCCCAAACACACACAUUUAAACACCACUGUAACAGUUACACACAAACACACACACCUCUUUUCUCAACCCGCUAAAUCGACCCCACACACACCCGAGUGGAACCAUCUGGAUUCAACCUGUUUGCUCAGAAGAGAAUGGCAUUAUAUAUAUAUAUUUUUAAAUUUAGUUUGUCCUCAUUUUUCCCCCCAGAAUGACUUGUUUUAUGAAUCUCCUCAAUGUUUUUUUUGGUUUCCCCCUCACUCAGUUACUCAUUCCCUCUGCAUGCUGGUUUCUUUUGGGUAUUUUUGGGGUCUUUUUGUAAGUUUUGCCAUGUUUGUAAUUCACAGAAGUAUCUCUUCUAGUCCAGAUACGUGUCAGGGAGGGGAGCGUUCUCUUUGGAAAUUCAAACGAUUUUGCAGAUCCAUUAAAAAUAAGCUUGUUUAAGUUA